AUGAGUGCAGAAGUUCCUACAUUCAAGCUUGUUCUUGUUGGUGACGGUGGUACUGGUAAGACCACUUUCGUCAAGCGUCACACCACUGGUGAAUUCGAGAAGAAAUACAUUGCCACUCUCGGUGUAGAAGUCCACCCAUUGGCUUUCGAAACUAACUUCGGUAAAGUUUGCUUCAACGUUUGGGAUACAGCUGGACAAGAGAAGUUCGGUGGAUUGCGUGACGGUUACUAUAUCCAGGGUCAAUGCGGUAUUAUCAUGUUUGACGUUACCUCAAGAAUCACAUACAAGAACGUACCAAACUGGCACAGAGAUUUAGAGAGAGUCUGUGAAAACAUUCCUAUCGUCUUGUGUGGUAACAAGGUUGAUGUCAAGGAACGUAAGGUCAAGACUGGUGCUGUUACAUUCCACAGAAAGAAGAACUUGCAAUACUUCGAAAUCUCAGCCAAGUCAAACUACAACUUCGAGAAACCAUUCUUGUGGUUAGCUAGAAAGCUCGCUGGUAACCCAACCUUAGAAUUCGUCGCUGCACCAGCGCUCGCUCCACCAGAAGUUAAGGUCGACCCAGAACUCAUGGCCAAAUACAAUGAAGAACUCCAACAAGCAGCUGCAGCACCACUUCCAGAUGAAGAUGACGCUGACCUUUAA